CCUUCUGUCGGUCGCCAUCAGGCAGCCACACUCUGCAAAUGGACGCGUGUGCUUCGUCACGGUCAAUUUUUGCUUCAAUUUUUGUGCGCUUCUAAAGUUGUGCUAUCGGAUCGGAACGCGGCGGAAAAUAUCGCCAAACCGUUCCCCGGGCCGUGGGGAACCGAUUUUUGCUGGUCUGACUCGAAGCAGGAAGGGAAACAGAAAACGAAGAAGAGGAGAAAGGUCGGAAGAAGCAGCGUCGUCGUCGCGGUGCCAAAAUGAACGGCGAUUCGAAGGCGCCGAUCCGGACGGUGAAGCGGGUCCAGUUCGGAAUUCUGUCUCCGGAUGAGAUCCGCCGCAUGUCGGUCACGGAGGGCGGCAUCCAGUAUGCGGAAACGAUGGAGGGUGGCCGGCCCAAGCUGUGCGGUCUGAUGGAUCCCCGGCAGGGUGUGAUCGAGCGAACGUCCCGCUGUCAGACGUGCGCCGGCAACAUGACGGAAUGUCCCGGCCACUUUGGCCACAUUGAUCUGGCGAAGCCGGUCUUUCACAUCGGUUUCGUGACGAAGACGAUCAAGAUUUUGCGCUGCGUUUGCUUUUACUGCUCGAAGAUGUUGGUUUCGCCGAGCAAUCCCAAAAUCAAGGAAAUCGUCAUCAAGUCCAAGGGACAGCCGAGGAAGCGUCUGGCGUACGUGUACGAUCUGUGCAAGGGCAAGAAGAUUUGCGAGGGUGGCGAGGACAUGGACAUAACGAAGGACGGCGCCCCGCCGGAUCCGAACAAGAAGCAGGGCCACGGCGGUUGCGGUCACUACCAGCCAUCGCUGCGGCGUACCGGAUUGGACGUGAUUGCCGAGUGGAAGACGGUCAACGAGGACUCGCAGGAGAAAAAGAUUGCCGUAACGGCCGAGCGGGUGUGGGAAAUCCUGAAGCACAUUACGGACGAGGAGUGCUACGUGCUCGGAAUGGACCCGAAGUUUGCCCGACCGGAUUGGAUGAUCAUCACGGUGCUGCCGGUGCCACCGUUGGCCGUACGACCGGCCGUCGUCAUGUUUGGAGCGACGAAGAAUCAGGACGAUUUGACCCACAAGCUGUCCGACAUUGUCAAGGCAAACAACGAACUCAAGAAGAACGAAGCGACCGGCGCGGCGGCUCACGUCAUCGCCGAAAACAUCAAGAUGUUGCAGUUCCAUGUGGCCACGCUGGUCGAUAACGACAUGCCCGGAAUGCCCAAAGCUAUGCAGAAGAGCGGCAAACCGUUGAAAUCGGUCAAAUCUCGGCUAAAGGGUAAGGAAGGUCGUAUCCGUGGUAAUCUGAUGGGUAAGCGUGUGGAUUUCUCCGCACGUACUGUCAUCACACCGGAUCCCAAUCUCCGUAUCGACCAGGUCGGAGUGCCGCGCUCGGUCGCCCAGAACAUGACCUUCCCGGAGUUGGUAACACCGUUCAACAUCGAUCGCAUGCAGGAACUGGUCCGCCGAGGAAACUCCCAGUACCCGGGGGCCAAGUACAUCGUCCGAGACAACGGCGAACGUAUCGAUCUGCGUUUUCACCCGAAAUCCAGCGAUUUGCAUCUGCAGUGCGGCUACAAGGUGGAGCGUCACUUGCGCGAUGACGAUCUGGUCAUUUUCAACCGUCAGCCCACGCUACACAAGAUGAGUAUGAUGGGACAUCGUGUCAAAGUGCUGCCCUGGUCGACCUUCCGGAUGAACCUCAGCUGUACCUCACCGUACAACGCCGAUUUUGACGGAGACGAAAUGAACCUGCACGUGCCGCAAUCCAUGGAGACGCGUGCCGAAAUCGAGAACAUUCACAUAACCCCGCGCCAGAUCAUUACGCCGCAGGCCAACAAACCCGUCAUGGGUAUUGUGCAGGACACGCUUACGGCGGUGCGAAAAAUGACCAAACGAGACGUCUUCCUCGAGAAGGAACAAAUGAUGAAUCUGCUCAUGUUCUUGCCCACGUGGGACGGCAAAAUGCCCCAACCGUGCAUCCUGAAGCCCAAACCCCUGUGGACCGGAAAGCAGAUCUUCACGCUGAUCAUCCCCGGCAACGUGAACAUGAUCCGUACCCAUUCGACCCAUCCGGACGAGGAGGACGACGGCCCGUACAAGUGGAUCUCGCCCGGAGACACCAAGGUCAUGGUAGAACACGGCGAACUCAUCAUGGGCAUUCUGUGCAAGAAAACGCUCGGAACAUCGGCCGGUUCGCUGCUGCAUAUCGUCUUCCUCGAGCUGGGCCACGAAAUCGCCGGCCGGUUCUACGGUAACAUUCAGACCGUCGUCAACAACUGGCUGCUGCUGGAGGGUCACAGCAUCGGUAUCGGCGACACCAUUGCCGAUCCUGCCACGUACACGGAAAUUCAGCGCGCCAUUCGCAAAGCCAAAGAGGAUGUGAUUGGCGUUAUCCAGAAGGCGCACAACAUGGAACUGGAACCGACGCCGGGUAACACGCUGCGUCAGACUUUCGAGAAUCAGGUGAAUCGUAUUCUGAACGAUGCUCGUGACAAGACCGGUGGUUCCGCCAAGAAAUCCCUCACCGAAUACAACAACCUCAAGGCUAUGGUGGUGUCGGGCUCCAAGGGAUCCAACAUUAACAUCUCGCAGGUUAUUGCUUGCGUGGGUCAACAGAACGUUGAAGGUAAGCGUAUUCCGUUCGGGUUCCGCAAACGCACGCUGCCCCACUUUAUCAAGGACGAUUACGGUCCCGAAUCGAGAGGCUUCGUGGAGAACUCGUACCUUGCCGGACUGACCCCAACCGAGUUUUACUUCCACGCUAUGGGAGGUCGUGAAGGUCUUAUCGAUACCGCUGUCAAGACUGCCGAAACCGGUUACAUCCAGCGUCGUUUGAUCAAGGCUAUGGAGUCUGUGAUGGUCAACUAUGACGGAACGGUGCGUAACUCAGUGGGUCAGUUGAUUCAGCUGCGUUACGGCGAGGACGGGCUGUGCGGUGAAACGGUAGAGUUCCAGAAUCUACCCACGAUCAAGCUUUCGAACAAGGUGUUCGAGAAACGCUACCGCUUCGAUCCAACCAACGAGCGCAACAUCCGACGCGUGUUCAACGAAGAAGUCAUCAAAGAGCUGACCGAGUCUGGUGACGUCAUUCAGGAGAUCGAAGCCGAGUACGAACAGCUGCUCCGGGAUCGCGAAGCACUGCGUCAGAUCUUCCCGAACGGUGACUCGAAGGUCGUACUUCCCUGCAAUCUUCAGCGUAUGAUCUGGAACGUACAGAAAAUUUUCCACAUCAACAAACGAGCCCCGACGGAUUUGUCACCGCUGAAGGUCAUCCAGGGCGUACGCGAUUUGCUACAAAAAUGCGUCAUCGUGGCCGGAACGGAUCGUCUGUCGAAGCAGGCUAACGAGAACGCUACCCUGCUGUUCCAGUGUCUGGUUCGUUCAACCCUGUGCACAAAGUACGUCGCGGAAGAGUUCCGCCUGAACAACGAAGCGUUCGAGUGGUUGAUUGGAGAAAUUGAAACCCGUUUCCAGCAGGCCCAGUGUAACCCGGGCGAGAUGGUCGGGGCCUUGGCUGCCCAGUCCCUCGGAGAACCUGCCACCCAGAUGACACUGAACACUUUCCAUUUUGCUGGUGUGUCCUCGAAGAACGUAACCCUGGGUGUGCCCCGUUUGAAGGAAAUCAUCAAUAUCUCAAAGCGACCGAAAGCUCCUUCACUAACCGUUUUCCUUACCGGAGGUGCGGCUCGUGACGCCGAAAAGGCCAAGAACGUGCUCUGCCGGCUGGAACACACGACGCUGCGAAAGGUAACGGCCAACACCGCCAUCUACUACGAUCCAGACCCACAGCGUACGGUGAUAGCUGAAGAUCAGGAGUUUGUAAACGUUUACUACGAAAUGCCCGAUUUUGACCCGACGCGAAUCUCUCCGUGGCUGCUGCGUAUCGAGCUUGAUCGCAAGCGAAUGACGGACAAGAAGUUGACCAUGGAACAGAUUGCGGAAAAGAUCAACGCCGGAUUCGGCGACGAUUUGAACUGUAUCUUCAACGAUGACAACGCGGACAAGCUGGUGCUGCGUAUCCGUAUCAUGAACAACGAGGACAACAAAUUCCAGGAUAACGACGAGGAAAACAUGGACAAGAUGGAGGACGACAUGUUCCUGCGGUGUAUCGAGGCAAAUAUGCUUUCGGACAUGACGCUGCAGGGAAUCGAAGCCAUCGGCAAGGUGUACAUGCAUUUGCCGCAAACGGACGCCAAGAGAAGAAUCGUUAUUACGCCCGAAGGUGAAUUCAAAGCCAUCGGCGAGUGGUUGCUGGAAACGGACGGAACUUCAAUGAUGAAGGUGUUGAGCGAGCGAGACGUGGACCCGGUUCGUACGGCAAGUAACGAUAUCUGCGAAAUUUUCCAAGUACUUGGAAUUGAAGCUGUUCGAAAAUCUGUCGAGAAGGAAAUGAACAAUGUUUUGCAAUUUUACGGUCUGUACGUAAACUAUCGGCAUUUGGCUCUCCUUUGCGAUGUGAUGACGGCUAAGGGUCACCUUAUGGCUAUCACUCGCCACGGUAUAAACAGACAGGAUACGGGAGCGCUUAUGAGAUGUUCUUUCGAAGAAACGGUAGAUGUGCUGAACGAUGCGGCAGCUCACGCGGAAGUUGAUCCGAUGAGAGGUGUGUCGGAAAACAUUAUUAUGGGUCAGCUACCCCGUAUGGGAACGGGUUGUUUCGAUUUGCUGCUCGACGCGGAGAAAUGUAAGCUGGGCAUGGAAAUUCCGCAUACAUCGAUAAUGGGAAGCUCGGGAAUGUUCUUUGGACCUGGAGCCACACCCAGCAUGAGUCCAGCGAUGACUCCGUGGCAACAAUCUCAAACUCCAGGCUACGGUGAGUGGUCUCCGUCGGGUCCACCAUCAGGAAUGACUCCAGGAGGACCGAGUUUUUCACCUUCGGCUCAAUCGGAUGCUUCGGGUAUGUCACCGUCUUGGUCUCCGAUGCCGGGUUCGCCGAGCUCACCGGGACCGUCAAUGUCACCGUACUUCCCCUCAUCCCCGAGCGCAUCGCCCUCGUACUCGCCAAGCAGUCCCAACUACGCUGCGGCUUCCCCGGGAGGAGCUUCUCCAGGUUACUCUCCGACCAGUCCCAGCUAUUCGCCGACGAGCCCGAAUUACUCACCAACCAGUCCGAGAUAUUCUCCAACGAGCCCGAACUACAGCCCAACUUCGCCGAAUUACAGCCCAACAUCUCCAUCGUAUUCGCCAACAUCUCCGCUGUACUCACCAACGGCAACCUACGCCCCGUCGAGUCCAGCCUAUUCACCGACGUCACCGUCCUACUCGCCGACAAGUCCGUACUCACCAACAUCGCCCAGCUACUCGCCAACAUCUCCGGCGUACUCUCCAACGAGUCCAUCCUACUCUCCAUCAAGUCCGUCGUAUUCUCCGACUUCACCGUCCUACUCGCCUACGUCUCCAUCGUAUUCACCAACCAGUCCCAACUACACGCCGGCAACUCCAUCCUACUCUCCGACCAGCCCGAACUACUCACCCAGCUCACCGCAUUACUCUCCAACAUCGCCGAGCUAUUCACCCAGCUCGCCCAAGUACUCGCCCACGAGUCCGUCGUACUCUCCGACUUCCCCAUCGUACGGCGGAAGUCCGCAGUACACACCGGCCAGUCCGCAGUACUCACCGACCAGUCCCAAGUACUCGCCCACGAGUCCGAGCUAUUCGCCAAGCUCCCCGCAGCACUCGCCGGGCAGCAGCGGUAGCAACUUCAUGGUCAACUCACCAACCUACUCGCCGACGACGGCCCGCUACUCGCCGAACAUGUCCUCGUACUCUCCGGGCAGCCAGAAAUAUUCGCCCACUAGUCCGGUGUACACGCCGACAUCGCCGCACUACAGCCCGUCGAGUCCGGCCUACUCGCCAACCGGCCAGGGCUACAGCCCGUCGAGUCCGGCAAGCCCGACCUACUCACCGACCAGCCCAUCGUACGAGGAUAGCGUUGACGAUUAGAGAAAUCGCCCAACCAACGAGGAAUGAAAUGAAAUUGGCAUGGCCGGAACGGAGUGCCCGCGAGGAAGAUCCCUUUGCGUUGUUUUUAAUCUGUGUGACAACGUUCUUGACUAAUGUGGUACAAUAUCGCUGUUAUUUUUUCACUAGGCUUGGAAUAAACCACAGGUUAUCAAAUAUAAUCGAACCAUAUUUAUCAAUCUAUUGAGAUGUAUCUUCAGAUGAUUAAUUUUCCGAUAUCAGCUGGGUAAUUUAAAAGUAUAAACUAUUGUGUUGCACAUCGGUCCACGAGGGUUAGAAUUAUAAAAUUCAAGGCAUUUGUAAGGCAGAGUCUGCAGAAAUGCAACAAAAAAUAAAAAUAAAAAAGAACUGAGUGAAGUUGCGCUGAACCUAUGAUAAACAAACUUAUAAAUCUAUCCCGUUAAAACAUGAAUAAAAGUAUUUUUAAAAUCAUCAAAAAA